GGGAGCGGCGCGGGACGGCCGGGACGCGCGGAGACCCCAAGACCCACGCGCAGACCGUGCGGCAGCCGGGGAGGGGGGCGCGGGCCGGCCGGCCGAGUUCGGAGGCAGGAGGCACCGGGACUCCCCUCUCCGCGCCCGGGACGCCGCCCGCCGGAUCCCGCCGUGGGAUGUAGCGCCCGCUCGCCGCCUCCCGGACUCUCGUCGGACCCUCUGCCCAGCGGCCCUGCGUCUUCCCAGGUGACCACGCCGGCUUCAGGACAUGCACGGACACAGCCGCAACGGCCAGGCCCACGUGCCCCGGCGGAAACGCCGCAACCGCUUUGUCAAGAAGAACGGCCAAUGCAAUGUGUACUUCGCCAACCUGAGCAACAAGUCGCAGCGCUACAUGGCGGACAUCUUCACCACCUGCGUGGACACGCGCUGGCGCUACAUGCUCAUGAUCUUCUCCGCGGCCUUCCUUGUCUCCUGGCUCUUUUUCGGCCUCCUCUUCUGGUGUAUCGCCUUCUUCCACGGUGACCUGGAGGCCAGCCCAGGGGUGCCCACGGCGGGGGGGCCGGCGGCGGGAGGUGGCGGGGCAGCCCCGGCGACCCCCAAGCCCUGCAUCAUGCACGUGAACGGCUUCCUGGGUGCCUUCUUGUUCUCGGUGGAGACGCAGACAACCAUCGGCUACGGCUUCCGGUGCGUGACGGAGGAGUGCCCGCUGGCGGUCAUCGCUGUGGUGGUCCAGUCCAUCGUGGGCUGCGUCAUCGACUCCUUCAUGAUCGGCACCAUCAUGGCCAAGAUGGCGCGGCCCAAGAAGCGGGCACAGACGCUGCUGUUCAGCCACCACGCGGUCAUCUCGGUGCGCGACGGCAAGCUCUGCCUCAUGUGGCGCGUGGGCAACCUACGCAAGAGCCACAUUGUGGAGGCCCACGUGCGGGCCCAGCUCAUCAAGCCCUACAUGACCCAGGAGGGCGAGUACCUGCCCCUGGACCAGCGGGACCUCAACGUGGGCUAUGACAUUGGCCUGGACCGCAUCUUCCUGGUGUCGCCCAUCAUCAUUGUCCACGAGAUCGACGAGGACAGCCCGCUCUAUGGCAUGGGCAAGGAGGAGCUGGAGUCGGAGGACUUCGAGAUCGUGGUCAUCCUGGAGGGCAUGGUGGAGGCCACGGCCAUGACCACCCAGGCCCGCAGCUCCUACCUGGCCAGCGAGAUCCUGUGGGGCCACCGCUUUGAGCCCGUGGUCUUCGAGGAGAAGAGCCACUACAAGGUGGACUACUCGCGUUUUCACAAGACCUACGAGGUGGCCGGCACGCCCUGCUGCUCGGCCCGGGAGCUGCAGGAGAGUAAGAUCACCGUGCUGCCCGCCCCGCCGCCCCCUCCCAGUGCCUUCUGCUACGAGAACGAGCUGGCCCUCAUGAGCCAGGAGGAAGAGGAGAUGGAGGAGGAGGCGGCUGCGGCGGCCGCGGUGGCCGCAGGCCUGGGCCUGGAGGCCGGCUCCAAGGAGGAGGCGGGCAUCAUCCGGAUGCUGGAGUUCGGCAGCCACCUGGACCUGGAGCGCAUGCAGGCUUCCCUCCCGCUGGACAACAUCUCCUACCGCAGGGAGUCUGCCAUCUGACCUCCAGGCCCGGCCCUCACCACUGCCCACAAGAGCCUCUGCCGGGGGUAGGAUGCCAGGACACCCCCUCCCACACUCAGGACAGAGCCAACCCUGGCUCCAUGGACCUCCUGGAGGAAGGUGGGGGUUUCAAAGACUGGGGGACCCCUUCCUCCUGACUCCAGCACCCAGGCCUGGGAAGAGCUCGUCGGCCCAAUCAGCCUGGGUUUCCCCAGCGCCUGCUCCUGGUGGCUCUGGGUCCCCGGAUCCACCACCCUUACCCCACUGACUCUUCAAGGACGUGCCCUCCUUGCUCUCAGAACCUUGGGGAAGGUGACUGGACUGCUGGGUGGGAGACAUCUCGGGGUUUCAGGGUGGGCAGGGGGUUAGUUUGGGGAGGGGGGUGCGUUUCUUUUGCAUGACUGUGGCCUGUUGCUCAUGACUUUCUUUUGUAAAUACCUAUAAAUGGAGACAGAUGGAGACACCAAA